AAAAAGAGAGUUCGGAAAAUAUAAAUCACUAAAAAGUAAAAACAUUCUCCUCCUCUCUCUGUAUAUAUAACGAAACUGCAAUAGUUGCAGUUGAAUCCGAAUCCGGAUCCGGUACAGAGACGGUUCGGAUCGUAACCGGCGCUGCUUUAAAAAGAGAUCAUUCCGGUACACAUGUGUUGACGACGACGCGUAGGAGGAGCUACCAAACACAAUUCUGAGAAGGAAUGGGUUGUGUCAGCUCGAAGCAGACUGUUUCCGUUACGCCGGCGAUCGAUCACUCUGGUGUUUUCAGGGACAAUGUUUGUUCUGGUUCCGGUCGAAUUAUGGUUGAGGAUCCGACGACGACGACGACGACGACGACGACGGAGAAGAAGCUUUUCUCGUGGAGGAGUAAGAGCGGGAAGAAGAGUAGUAGUAGCAGCAAGAAGAGCGGUAGUGAGUUUGGUGAGCUGAGUGAGUCUGGCCGAGCGAGUUCCAAUUGCAGGAGUGAGUCGGUGAGUUUCCGGCUCGGUAACUUGAGCAAGUACCUUGAAGCUGAACAAGUCGCAGCUGGUUGGCCUGCUUGGCUUAGCAACGUUGCUGGUGAAGCUAUUCAUGGUUGGGUUCCAUUUCGAUCCGACGCUUUCGAAAAGCUCGAAAAGAUUGGACAAGGGACUUAUAGCAGUGUGUUCCGUGCGAGAGAGACUGAGACCGGGAGGAUUGUGGCUUUGAAGAAGGUUAGGUUUGACAAUUUUGAGCCGGAGAGUGUUAGGUUCAUGGCUAGAGAGAUUCUGAUACUUAGGAGAUUAAACCAUCCCAACAUUAUCAAACUACAAGGUAUUGUUACUUCAAAGCUUUCUUGCAACAUACAUCUCGUCUUCGAGUAUAUGGAGCAUGAUCUCACUGGUCUUCUUUCUAGCCCUGAUAUCAACUUCACUACUCCACAGAUUAAGUGUUAUAUGAAACAGUUGUUGUCUGGACUUGAACAUUGUCACGCACGAGGUGUGAUGCAUCGGGACAUUAAGGGUUCAAAUCUUUUGGUGAAUAAUGAAGGGAUUUUAAAGGUGGCUGAUUUUGGGCUAGCAAACUUUUGCAAUGCUUCUGGGAAUAAACAGCCUCUUACUAGUCGAGUUGUGACUCUGUGGUACCGUCCGCCUGAACUUUUGCUCGGGGCUACGGACUAUGGUGCAUCUGUUGAUUUGUGGAGUGUUGGCUGUGUUUUUGCUGAACUUCUUCUCGGGAAACCGGUUCUGCAGGGAAGAACUGAGGUCGAACAGUUGCACAAGAUUUUCAAAUUGUGUGGAUCUCCACCUGCAGAUUACUGGAAAAAGUCCAAACUUCCUCAUGCAAUGCUUUUCAAACCACAGCAACAUUAUGAUAGUUGUCUCCAAGAAACUUUGAAAGAUUUGUCUGAUGCUGACAUCAAUCUUAUAGAAACUCUUCUUUCUAUAGAGCCUCACAAACGUGGUUCUGCCUCUACUGCCCUUGUUUCUCAGUAUUUUACUUCAAAGCCUUUUGCUUGUGAUCCCUCAAGUUUACCUGUAUACUCGCCUAGCAAGGAGAUUGAUGCAAAGCAUCGAGAAGAAACAACAAGGAAAAAAAUAUGUGGGAAUGGGAGACGUGGUACAGAGUCAAGGAAGCCAACACGGAAGCCUCCUGCAUGUGCCAAAUUGGCACCAGUUGAGGAUGUGCGGCACCAUUCUCAGAAAUUUCAGAAACGUAAUGGUCAUUCAGUACAUAAUUCGAUUGAUAGUGAUGCCACAAUAUGUGAGAAACCACAAAAGCCAUCAUCAAAUCAUGAAAAAGAUGAAGCCUCUCAUGUAAAGAACGCAUCACAAGGAGAUGUGCCUUUCUCAGGGCCUUUACAAGUCUCUGUAUCAAGUGGUUUUGCAUGGGCAAAGCGAAGAAAAGAUGACAUAUGUGUUAGAUCACAUAAUAGAUCACUCUCAAGAGGUCACAUUACUAACCUGUUGGGACCUUCUCCUGCUUUUAGUGAGAACACUGACGUUGACUCUAAGAUAAAUGAGAAAGAAAACGAAGAAAAACAUGGGGCCAAAACGGAUUCCCAAGACCGUGAGGCGUAUGAAAUGUUGAAGCUUUCAAUGCUAAAGAAGUGGAGGCAACUUGAACGACCAGAUUCUUUUGAUACUUCUGACGAGUACCAUUCACAGGAACUGUCAUUGGCACUUUAUCAGAAAGAAGAAAAGGCAGCAAAGCUGGGUCAUUUGGGUUACGAAGACAAUGAUGACAAAAUUGAAUUCUCAGGCCCCUUGUUGUCUAAAUCUUAUGGAGUUGAUGAGCUUUUAGAACGUCAUGAACGCCAGAUUCGCCAGUUAGUUCGAAAAUCUUGGUUCCAGAAAGGUAAGAAGAAACAAGGGAAAUGAGUGACUCCGUAUAAACUUGUCUGUGUCAUAAAAAGCUUCCCAAGUGGAUUCCUGAUGAGAGCUACAAGAACUCAAAAGACUAGAUGCAUACUGAUGAAUACAAAGUUAACAAGAUCUUCAGAAACUGUGAUGAUCAAAAGCAAAUAUGGAGAAAGCCAUGAAGCAGUUUUUGUUAAUGUUAUUUUUUAAUAUAAUCUUUCUUUAAUAAGUUAUUCUUUUUUGAGAAUUAUAAUAACUACACCCAAAUUAUGAAUUCCAGGCAUAUAUUGUAAAGAGCUAGCACAAUAUCAUAAGCGUAGGUAUAUCUAUGUAAAAUCUAGUUGUAUAAAAGAAGACCAGCAUAUUAGUAGUUGUCCAUAAA